CUCUUCCAGGAUGCCCUUCCCACCUGGGGACCGUGUGACCUUCAAUGGGAAGAUGUGCCUGUGUCAGAAAUGCUCACUGCCCACCACACUGACCAGCAGCACCGUCCAGUCCCAGGACCUCCGGAGCUGCGGCGGCUGUGGCGCUGAGAUCAGGAACGGGCAGUCCCUGCUGGCUCUGGACACGCACUGGCACGUGGGCUGUUUCCAGUGCAAGGCCUGUGGGAGGCCGCUGAGCGCAGAGUACAUCAGCAAAGAUGGGCUGCCCUACUGUGAGGCUGACUACCACGCCAAGUUCGGCAUCCGGUGUGACGGCUGUCAGAAGUUCAUCACUGGCCGGGUGCUGGAGGCUGGGGAGAAGCACUUCCACCCUGCAUGUGCGCUGUGCGUCCGGUGCGGACAGAUGUUUGUGGAGAGCGAGGAGAUGUACCUCCAGGGUUCGUCCAUCUGGCACCCGGCGUGCCGGCAAGUGGCCAGGACUGAGGACAGAGCCAAGCUACAGAAGCAGACCUGGAGCCCGGCAUGCUCAGGCACCAUGCCCUGUGCCUUACAGGAGACCAGGACGUCCUCAGAGAGCAUCGUCUCGGCGCCCGCGUCCAGCACGUCCGGCUCCCCCAGCCGUGUCAUCUACGCCAAGUUGGGUGAUGAGAUCCUGGACUACAGGGAGCUGGCCGCACUGCCCAAGAGCAAGGCCAUCUACAACAUCGACCGCCCGGACAUGAUCUCCUACUCUCCCUACAUCCGGCCCGCCGCGGGCGACCAGCACAGCUACUGCGAGCCCCCUCAGCUGCUCUCGCCAAUGCCCACGGAGGGGGACCAGGAUGACCGGUCCUACAAGCAAUGCCGGACGUCCAGCCCCAGCUCCGCAGGGUCAGUCAGCCUGGGACGCUACACUCCACCCUCCCGGUCCCCACAGCACUACAGCCGCCCAGCUGGUACUGUGAGUGUUGGUACCAGCAGCUGCCUCUCCCUGUCCCAACACCCAAGCCCCACCUCCGUGUUCCGACACCAUUACAUCCCUUACUUCAGAGGCAGCGAGAGCGGCCGCAGCACCCCUAGCCUCUCUGGGCCGUCGGACACCCGGCCGCCUCCGUCCACCUACCAGCAGGCUCCUCGUCACUUCCAUGUCCCAGACACCGGCAUCAAAGACAACCUCUACCGGAAGCCCCCCAUCUAUCGACAGUCUGGUCCGGUAGGCCAGUCCCCCAUAUCCAAGCUCUCGGGCCUGGUGUCCGUCCUGUCCCUGGCGGCUCAGGAGGCAGGGUGCUCGAGAGGGCGGCGAGGUCUCAGCACCCCGCCCGCUGCAGGGGCCAGGAGACUGGACGGGGAGGAUGAAAGUCUUGACCAAGACCUCCGGAAGAAGGCCAGCUGGAUGAUCCUCAGGGGGGACACAGACACCAGGACGAACUCCCCAGACCUGGACAGCUGCUCCUUGUCCCUCAGCAGUGGGCCGGACAGAGACCUGACCCAGAAUGCACCGAGCCUCAGCCUCUGCUCACGGUCCCUCUAUUCCCAGUCCGACUCCCUCCCUCGGCACGGGAAGAAUGGCCUGGACCACCAGAAUGCCAAUGUGGCCCCUCUCGGAGAGGACCCGGACUCCAGCUGGGGCACACGAGAAUACAAGAUCUACCCGUAUGACGCCCUCAUUGUCACAAACCGGAUUCGGGUGAAACUGCCCAAAGAUGUGGACCGGACGCGGCUGGAGAGACACCUGUCGCCUGAGGACUUUCUUGGGGUGUUCGGGAUGAGCGUGGUGGAGUUUGAGCGGCUGGCGCUCUGGAAGAGGAACGACCUCAAGAAGAAGGCCCUACUCUUCUGAUGCCUCCUCCACCACCCCCCGCCCCUGGCACGGCCGCAGGGACAGGGGGCACCGCCCACAGCUGCGCCAACCCCGCCCACUGCACUCCUCUCGGCCCACGUUCCCAGAGGCAGGUGGCCAGGAGCUCCUCCGGCUGGGCUGGGGGCUGCAGGGUGGUCCGCCCCCAUGGGAUCCGGGCACCUCGGAUGCUGUUGGCACAGCUGCCCUCGCAGAUGGACAGUCUGCCCUGUGUGCCAGCCUCCGGGAGAUGCCCCGUCACGGGCAGGUGGGAACACAGCACCCGGGCAUCCCCCACCCCCAUGCCUGCCUCAGUGCCUGCAGUUGGCACAGGAGCUGCGGUGUCCAAGAGAGCCCACGGGCACCAGGCACCCAGCUUGGGCUCUUGGUUUAGGGAGGAGGGCCUGUGGACGUCGCCCAUCCUCCUGUGCCCUCUGAGGCCCCGCACCUGCCCCUCAGAACCCCCAGCUGCCUUCACAGGGUCCCUGGGCACCUACAGAGUGUUUGUUUUGUUGCAAAGUGGAGUCGAGCGAAUGCAGGAUGCCCCAGGGAUGAGGUCCCCUGUCCCGAGCACCUCCAGCACCGGCUGUGCCCCCGGCGCAACCCUGGGGAGGGCGAGUCUGUCCCGCAGUGUUCCCGGAAGGCCACUCCUGGGUGGGGCUGCAUGAGCACCUGCAGGCUGGGGAGGGGCUGGGGGGCUUCCACGUGCUUUUUUCUCAA